AUGAAGGAGUCGAUAACAAUAGAGGCGCAGCAAAUCCAAACACAAGAUCUUCUUUCUGACUUAGCUGCAAUGUGGCGACCACCUCUUUCUAUACAGAUGCCUACCGAAAUUGAAGAGCUACGAGGGACAGAUUUACACAUUCCAGAAAGUGCUCUUAAACUAGCAACACCAACCAAGGACCUGCGCUUGUUUGAUGAUCUCUUUUCGUUCCAUAUGGGAGGCGAUUUUGGGCAAGGAUUGGAAAUAAAUACUGUUUCUCCACAGACACUCUUCCAAUGCACCCCAAUGAAGCAAUUUGACGAGCCUCUUCUGGUGAAUCCAAAGCUUUCUCUUGAUAGGACGCUCUUUGGCGCUUCUUUUGAAAACGAUGAACAUCUGUCGAACGUAGAAAUUGUUCGAAAAUCCCAAAUACCUUCUUCACCGCUCAAUACCCUCGGGGAAGAAAUUAAAGAGCCAUUGCUUUUUGGAGAUGAUGGCCAACAAUUAGACUUUUUUCAUCCAGACAAAGAGAUUUCCUUUUCUCCCCUUCAGGCGGCUCAGUCAACCCCCAUAAAAGAAGUAUCCUUUACUUCUCAAGGUGAUCCUGCAGCUAUGUUUGCAGUGCCUAGUCCGAUCGAAGCCACUCGAAUUCUCGGAUCUCCAGAUGUAAUUUCAGAGAUUGCCAAGAUCCUUACCUUCGGUGGAUCCGUCGAUCCGUCAGACAUUUCUGAAUCUUCUGCUGAAAAUUCUGACGGGCGGAUCCGCAAGCGCCACAAGGGGAGUAAUGCCCCUUCAUCAACAUCAAAGACUACGUUUGGUAUUCCUUUGGGAGAGCGAAAAGCUCAUCUUCUGGUAAAUAUGGACCUAACUACGGAACUACCCUCCACAACUAUCCAACUGCAGUUAAAGGGGGCCAGUGAUACGCUCCGGAGUAUAGAAAGCUUGACCGUCGACCUUAUCCUUCCGAUUAAACAAGUAGAUUCAUUUUUAAGCGAGUUACUUGCUCUUGGAACGGGCUUCCACGACCAUCCUGAUAUUUCAAUGUUGGAUUUUGAAUCAAAAAUUUCUUGCAAGGCUAGUUCGCCAAAAAUCGACGCUUUUUCCACGCUGGCAGAUAAUGAAAUUCCUCAAAGGUCUUCUACUCCGAUUGGUUUGACCAACUUGGAUAUGAUUGAUGAUAUUUCAGAAGCUACCCAACGAGAACUACAUGUUGCUGAUUCUUCUCCAGCAGAAGACCCAAGCGAGGGUUUUUGUGCAGAGAUCCAAGAGAUAGGCAAUAUCUCAUCCCUGGAUCAAUUUGCAUCAAUCGUAAGCUCCAUAUCACCAGCUGCUGAAAAGCUUAAUCUCACACAAACUUUGCAAGGUGGCGACUCUUACUGUGAAAAGCUAGAACAGAUUUUGAAUAAUUUUUCCGGACCCUCUUUAUCUUUAAAUACAGUCCUUUCUGAACACUGCAGAACACGUAGAGACGUUGCCAUAAGCUUCUAUCAAGUGCUAAGAUUAACGUCUUUGGGCGCUAUCACAGCCCAACAGCAAAGACCAUAUGGAGAGAUUAUCCUCUCAAAGUAG